UGGUGUCUGUUGGUUUCUUAACGACUGUUGGACAGCACGUAAGCUCCGUCACAAAUACACACUUGAGUUUAUUGUCUCACAAACAGCGCAUAGAUACACUUCGAUUCAGAACGCAGUUGUGAAUUUUGACGCGAUUUUGUUGGAUUACAUCUAGUAAAAGUGUUAUAUUUUUUCUUGCGAAAGUGAGUAUUCCAUUCCAAGAGCAAUUAAAGUGUGAUUAUUAUCAUUUCGUGGAUACCGAACGAGUUUAAUUUUCGGUUUAGAUAACAACAAGUUGAUACGUUUCAAUGCCAUACGUUCUGAUUAGGGGUAACUUGUCUAGUUACAGUCAUAAAUAUCCAUUUCGUGUACUUGUCUCUGGACUAAAAGCAUCAGAUAUCGAACAAUUGAAUCGAUUUCCAUGCGGCGGUUACAGCGAUGAAUCAACCAUCGUUUAUUUAUCACAUCCAUGCAAAAUCCUAACAUCAUUAGAGGCCCUUGGAUAUCGUGUCGUCGCAUCAUCAUCAACAGCCGUGAAGCAGGAUUACAAUGAGUACAUGUGGACUAUGCGAGAAGUGACAAGUGAAAACGAGCAAUUGGCAUUUGAUUCUGCAUCAACCGUGGAUCGUGAUAAUUUAGCAAACACCGGGCGCGAAGCAUUGGUCAACAGCCAAUUUCACCAUUCACAAGUCGAUCUCCCCGACGAAUAAU